AUGCCGUCGAUAAAACACCCAGGGGCCUCUGACCUCGAGAUACUCAACGAGCCCGACUGGACGCGGACGCAUAGCCACCGCGUGGGGACUCGUGGCCGUGAUGCUCGGUUCAUGGGCGUGACCCAUGAAGGGGACGAUUAUCACGAUGAGCUCGAGGAAGUGGACGAAAAGAUCCAAGAGCUGCGUGAGAAGGUGGCCAGGGGAGAACUGGUCACCGUUCGUGACAUUAUGACCGACCAAAAGGAUUUCCAUUUGGAACGGCCUGACGUGCAUCCUGACUACUGGAGAUAUAUACUACAUACCACUGAGAGCUUUAUCAAGUAUGGGCAGCCGUGGCCUAUAAACCAGAAGAAAGAGGCCGAGGAGAAGGAAAAACACGAGGAGGCUGAGAGAAGAGAACAGGAGAAAGAGAAGCCAAAGCCCACACCAGAGGAAGAGGCGCUCCUACAGUCCCUGCGAUAUGAACAGCAGUAUCGGUCGUCUAUGCGGAUAAAUGACGGCAAGGGGGGCUGUCCGAUUCGGGAUGAGAAUCUGCCAGAGAGGAUUGAUGAAGCGGAUCAGUUUUCUCCAGAUAAUUGGAUCCCUCGUAGCGACAAAUUAAUACGUCUGACAGGCAAGCAUCCGAUGAAUGCAGAACCGGACCUGACUGCUCUUUUUGAGGCUGGAAUUAUCACUCCUUCGCCCAUUCAUUAUGUCCGCAACCACGGAGCUGUUCCACAUUUACUAUGGGAGAAUCAUGAAGUAGAGGUGAUUGCUGACCAGCAUUUAAUCUAUUCGAUGGACAGGCUCAAGCAGUCUUUCGAAAGUGUUAACAUACCCGUCUUCCUGGCCUGUGACGGGAGCCGAAGAAAGGAAUUGAAUAUGAUCAAAAGGACUCGAGCGUUCAAUUUCACUGCCGCCUCUGCGAGCUGCUCCUACUGGAAAGGAGUUCUCCUUCGCGACGUUCUCUUGGAGGCAGGGGUUGAAAAUCUUUUGAAAAAGAAUCCCAACAAGAGAUUAUGGGUCAACUAUGAGGGGGCCGAUGAGCUUAGUGAAGGGAAGUAUGCCACUUGUGUCCCACUUGAAUAUGUCAUGGAUCCUAUCAACGAUGUGAUGCUUGCGUACGAAAUGAACGACCAUCCCUUACCGCCAGAUCAUGGAUAUCCCCUGCGAUUAAUACUCCCUGGUUGGGUGGGAGCGCGAUCUAUCAAGUGGCUGGCCAAAGUCUGGGUGACUGAGAACGAGAAUGAUAGCCACUAUCACAUCUACGACAAUAGGCAGCUCCCAAGUUUUAUAACCGACACCGAAUCUGAGAUUGCACAAUUAAUGUACCAUCAUCCUAGCACUAUCUGCAACGAGCAGAUGUUAAACUCCAUCAUCGUGAAACCGGCUCAAGGUGAAAAGGUCGACCUGGUUGAUAUCAAGAAGGGAACGAUGUAUAGGGUUGUGGGGUAUGCCUAUAGUGGAAGCGGAGAUGAAAUUGACAAAGUAGAGAUUAGCUUAGACGGGGGAGAGACUUGGCUUUACUGUUCUCGCAGAUACCCUGACAAGCCAAUUCGGCAUGGCAAAAAAUUCUGGGCCUGGUUGCACUGGCACAUCGACUUGGACAUCACUAAGCUUAUCCGUGCGCAAAGCAUUCUAGUUCGAGCAUUUGAUUCACACAAAAACACCCAACCACGAAAGCCAGUGUGGAAUAUCGCAGGAAUGAUGAACAACUGUUGGUACGAAGUAAAACCCGAGGUUUUUGAUAGCCCAGAGAACGAGGAGGCAUACCUCCUCUUCCGCCACCCUGUGGACGCAGGAAGUGGGACGAAUGGCUGGAUGAAACCAUCCACAGAGGAGCGGAUGGAAGAAAUUAAACGAAACGCCAGUUCUCCUGAGAAGCAGUUCACUCGACAGGAGAUUGAAAAGCAUCAUACCGAGAAUGACUGUUGGAUCGUUGUAAAUGGCAAUGUUUAUGAUGCCACGGAAGUCCUUAGCUGGCAUCCUGGGGGUAAAGGGGCUAUCAUGGCGCAUGCUGGCAUUGUGCAUUGGGAUACAACAGAGGAAUUCAGCAGUAUACAUGAUAAUUAUGCCCAGGACAAGCUCAAAGAGUGUAUUCUAGGGAAAGUUACGCAAAAAGCAAUGGAUCAUAUGAUGAAGGAUGCGGAGGAAAGGAAAAAGGAAUGGCCAAAGUCGGAAGAUGAAGACUCUAAGGUAGCUCUAGAUCAUCACAGGUACGGCCAUGUAUUUACACUCUAUGUUGGAGCAUUUGAUUUUGACGACAGACCUGUAGCUAAGGAGCUUGGUCUAGAAACCGGUCAGCAUAUCCAAGUCGGAUUCCAUUUCAGGGACAGCCUUGUUGUUCGCCCCUAUACCCCUGUGCGCCCCAUCUCAAACGAGGAAUAUGACGGGACAUUUGACCUUGUUGUGAAGACAUAUUUCCCAAAUAAAGACCAGCCAGGUGGUACAAUGAGUAACAUCCUCGACUGUCUUCGUGACGAUGAAGAAAUUGAAGUUAAAGGCCCGUCAGGCGAGAUAAGGUACCACGGUAACGGCCGUUUCACUGUCGACGGCAAGGAGUACAUAUUUGACAACGUCUCCCUCAUAUUGGGCGGAUCUGGAGUCACUCCUGGCUACCAGGUGCUUGCAAGGGUUCUACAAAAUAGCAACGACAAGACAAAGAUCAAGGUCAUCGACGGAAAUAAGACAGAAGAAGACAUCCUGCUACGAGAAGACCUUGACGAGUUCUCUAGAAAACAUAGAGACCAAUUCGAGAUUGUGCAUGUGCUCUCUAAUCCAAGCAGUGACUGGAAGGGAUUGAGAGGUCACAUUAAUGCCGAUAUCAUCAAGGAACAUUCGUUUGAACCAGGUAAAAGGAACGUUGCUCUGCUUUGUGGCCCGCCAGCGAUGAUCCAGAAAGCGGUGAUGCCUGCUUUGACACAAUGGGGGUAUAAAGAGGACGAGAAUCUGUUCGGGUUCUAA